AUGUCGUUCUCCACGGACAUUCGUAGAAGGAAAAGACAGGUGACAUUGUCUGAUUUAAAGAGGUUCAUUCGGAUCGAGGACGAGAUUCGGACUCGUACGAAGAAUGAGCUACUAGCUAAGCAGAAGGCGUCUGCUAACAUGGUGGCAACUAACUCUGAGAAAAGUGACAACUCAGUUGUAAAUGAAGUAUCCUCUUCUGCUUUCUCCUCUGUAUUAUGGCACAAUAGGCUAGGACAUGUGAAUUAUAGAAAGCUGUCUAGCAUGGAGAAGUUAAGAUUACUUCCAAAAUAUAGGGGUAACAAACCUGAUAAGUGUGAACUUCUUUUUUCCAAUUUUCCUGUUAUUAUAGCAUCAUUAAGUCUCUUGAUUGGUGGAAAGGCUAUACUGGUUGCUUUAAUCGGAAGGAUUUUUGGCAUUUCUAGUAUAGCAGCUAUUCGAGUUGGUCUUCUUCUUGCACCUGGUGAAUUCGCUUUUGUAGCUUUUGGGGAAGCUGUGAACCAGCUUUACCUCUCCAGCUCUGCAUUUUUUGGUAUAAUGUCUCCUCAACUUUCAUCUUUGUUGUUUUUGGUGGUUGGUAUUUCUAUGGCUGUCACACCAUGGCUAGCAGCUGGAGGUCAGUUCCUUGCCUCUAGAUUUGAGCAGCAUGAUGUUCGAAAUAUGUUGCCAGUAGAGACUAGAGAGUGUGAGACAGAUGACUUGCAAGAUCAUAUCAUUAUUUGUGGAUUUGGACGGGUUGGACAGAUCAUUGCACAACUUCUUUCUGAACGGUUAAUUCCAUUUGUUGCUCUCGACGUUAGAAGUGAUCGGGUAGCAGCUGGGCGUGCAUUUGACCUACCUGUGUAUUUUGGGGAUGCAGGGAGCCAAGAGGUCCUCCAUAAAGUUGGAUCAGAGAGAGCCUGCGCUGCUGCAAUUACUUUAGAUACUCCGGGUGCAAACUAUAGAACUGUUUGGGCACUCAACAAGUACUUCCCCAAUGUGAAGACAUUUGUUCGUGCCCAUGAUGUAGAUCAUGGCAUUAAUCUGGAGAAAGCUGGUGCAACUGCUGUUGUUCCAGAUACUCUGGAACCAAGUCUCCAGUUAGCAGCUGCUGUUCUUGCACAGGUAAAAAUGAAACUAGCUACAGCUGUUGCAAUGUCAGAGAUUGCAGCAACAAUCAAUGAAUUCAGAUCUCGUCAUCUCUCAGAGCUUACGGAGACUAGUGGAGGCCCCCUUGGAUAUGGAUAUUCACGGGUUACGUCGAAGUCCGAGACACCUAUCUCAGGCGAAGAGGAUGAUGUUGUUGAAGGGGCCUUGGCUAUAUAGCCAUAUAUACAUGAAUUUGGAUAUACCAAAAAUUUCAAUAAUUGUACAGCUAAUAAGUUCAUUCCAGCAGCGGAAAUCGUAUAGAAAAAGGGUUUUGUACAGUUCACAGUUUUGUUUUUUUUUUUUAAUGCAAAUUUUACCGAGGCAAUUAUUGAGCUUGCAUCUUUGGUCCUCAUUUCAAGUUCUCAUGUUUUCAACUUUGAGGUGCUGUCAAAUGUUCAAUUGGGUAAUUUGGGACUGUACUAAUCAUAUUUCUUCCUUCGAUUCUAAGCAAAAUCCUUUUUAGCUUUAUCUCAUCAAAAAUGCCUUAGGGACCUCAAAUAGGGGACCCAGGGGGAUAUGUGAGGUGCCACCCUGAAUGCAUGAUGCCCUGUUCAUUGGUGACACCUCACAUAUCCCCUAUUUGGGGUUCUUGUAGCAAUACCCUUUUUUCAUUGAUUGACUAAACUAUUAUGAUCUUUUACAGUUAAUAGUAUUUUAUAGUUUUUAGUACACGUGGUCAAAGUAUUUCAGUUGAUUUUCUCAUUUAUUUUUCAAUUGAUUGAUUAUAAUGUUAUCGCUUUUUAAAGUAAUAUUUUCGUCCUUUAUCCUUUUUUUUCUUUUUAUAUGCUGCCUCGUAAUUGUCCACGAUAAUCUGAAAAUAAGCAAAAAUUGGAAGUGGUCAGAAAAUAAGCAAAAAUUGGAAAUGAUCAGAAAAUAAGCAAAAAUUGGAAAGAAAGGCCCGGUUUCGGCCCACUUCUACAAGAUAAAACCGCGGCCUCGACGUUUCCAACAGAGAGAGCUCUCACUUUAUCUGAAUGAUCCACUCACCGCCCACUCCCCUUCUCCACCCCCCGCUUCGCGCUCACUGAAACCGCGCCCGGUCACCGGCGGUGAA